AAUUAUUUUAAGGGGGAGAAGCGGGUCAACCAAAUUGGAUUAAUUGAUGGCAGUUUCAAAAUGCAUCACCAUCAAGAUCGUACUUUUCUCAAUUGGGAUUGUCCAAGCCCUCAUAGCUUACGACUGCAAGGGGAACAAUCUCAACAUUACUACGUUGUCACUAUUAAAAAUAGGAGAAUGCGACAUUCCUCCCGUCCAACCAAAAAUCCAAAAUGUCGAUAUACAACUCUUACAAUUGACCGACUUUACUACGACUGAAGUAAUACAAUGCAAGAUAGUAAUAGAUCGCGAUGUGUUACAUUGUGGUAUGCAUUCUCACAUUUCUGCAGUCGCCUUAGGGAAAAUGCAAUAUCUACACGAAAUUUCACGUGAAGAAUGUCAUAAAAUACAUCGAACAAGAGCUUACCACAUUUCUUCAAAUAAUUACAUCACAGGAUUGUCUUUAAAUGGAACAUCAACGCGUCCAAUAAUUUUUGCCGGUACAAUCAAAACAGAUGGAUCUUGCCAGGGUAUUCAAUAUUCCGAUCCUUAUGGAUCAUGGUCUGAUGUCGUAGUUCAAGGCACAGUUAAAAUAUCACUAUACAAUUUCUAUGCUAUCGUGAAAUUAAAUGCUAAUACCAUUAGCAUGCCUUCUGGUAAAACAUGCACGCUCACAGCUGCAGCUUGUCCAGAUGAUGAAAUGGGAAAUUCGUUUUGGACCCCUAUACCAAACGACGAUUGUCACUAUAAACGCUAUACAGUACUUUUUGAAGGUAGAGCAACACUUCUCCAAAAUAAUUCUACUACUGUCAGCCGAUACAACAAGGAAAUCUACACAUUGAAUCAAGAGGACUUCACCUUUGCAUUGGCAAAAAGAGGGGAACGUAAGAUCUGUGGUUACACCUUGAUUGAAACUGAACAUCCAAAGCUUUUCAUAGUGGACAGUCGAGCAGAUGGAACAUUUGCAAAGAAGACAUCAAUCGAUACUACCAACAUGGACAUAUUCACGUAUGUAAACUCUAAAUUUGUUUAUGUUGAAAAGCAUAUAAAUCAACAGCUUACAACACUGUACCAUGAUGUCCUAAUGCAACGAUGUCUCCUACAACAACAAAUAUUGGAAAACGCCUUAGUCUUAGCCGUGGUGGCUCCCGACGAAUUCGCAAAGACUAUCAUGGACCAUGCCGGAUACAUGGCUGUCGCCGCUGGAGAGGUCAUUCACAUCAUCAAAUGCAUACCGGUGGAAGUAAAAAUACGUCACACGACAACUUGUUACCAACAACUGCCUGUGUUCAGAGGAAACAGCAGCUAUUUUGUGACUCCGAGAACGCAUAUGCUAUUAUCAACAGGAACAGAGAUUGAUUGUAACGACAUUGUCCCACCUAUGUAUUUAAUUAAUGACAUUUGGUAUAAAUUCUCUCCACAGCCCAAUAGAGCUAUGGAACCAAUUUAUUUGAAACCAGAUUCUGAACCUACUUGGGAGUACACUAGCAUAGAUCUUGCAACCAGCGGAAUCUAUACAGAACAGGACUUGGAGAAAUUACGGGACCAUAUCAUGUUUCCAGCCGAAAAACCAGCUGUUCUGAGCAACGUAGCUCGAGGGUUCACCGGACAUGGAACAAGGACGCAAGGAAUGUCUAUAUCGCAUUUCCUGAAUGAAGAAGUGAUCGAGACAAUAGCCAGAGACACUUGGGAAAAAACUUGGGGAUGGUUUACUGGUUUUGGAACCUUAAGUGCGGGAUUCAUUGGAAUUUGGGUUUUUGUUAAAUUUGCAAAAUUUAUUCUAGACACAAUAUUGCACGGACUAGCUUUACAUACAGUGUAUGGCUGGAGCCUAUGCUUAAUAGGAUCAUUCUGGGAUUCCUUGACCAACUUCUUGCUGCAUCUUGGACGAAACAAAGAGGCGAGAGAUAAAGAUGCAAGUCAACAAACACCUACAGCGCCACAGUCAGACUUGGAAAAAGGAAUUUCCACCAACGCAGAUCAACUAUUACAACAACCUCAACAGAAGAAGACCAUCUAUCCGCAACUGAAAGCAGUAUCACCAGACCAACUCAAGGAUCAGCCAGGACCGAUUUACUACGUACACGUUGAUGAAAACUAAGCAAACCGCUCAGUCUCCAUGCUUCAAGGGGGGAGGUGUUACGUCUCAGCCCUCCAAUAUACGAUACUAGUUAACCCAUACAUAUACACAGCCACUUAUACCCAUGGCCAACCAUAUUAGUAUUGUUAUACCCUAACCUAUACAGACAUUAUACACACACAUAUGUCGAUUAACCGUUUGAUAUAAUUAAUUUUAUUGAUUUAUACUUAUAAGUUUAUACUUUUGUCUUGUUUUAUAUUCCGUUAUAUUAUUGGAAUCUUUAAUUACGUUAUCACUUAUUCGACCGGAAAGAUGUUACGCUUAUUAUUUCUAUCAGGUAUUAUGUUCUUAAGGAAUUUGUCAUACCAAUCCUUUAUUAUGUCUUGAAAUAAAAGAUAAACCUGAAGCUCCUCGAGACUAGCAGUACUCGCGAGGUUUCAGGUACAGAAUUGGAAGACUCAGGUAUGCAACAACAGACAGAUAAUUGUUAGUACUCUGAUUUGUUAAAUGAUCAUUGAGAAAGGGAAUUAAAAACCAAUCAGAUUCAUGAGAAGUAAUAGAAGGGAUAAGAAUCAAAGUCAUUAAAAGGGGUUGGAGAGCCUAAAAAGGAGAGUUUCAGUUCCAGUUGGAGUUCUAGCUCCUGUUC